GACGAUUCGGAUUACGAGUAUGACAGCAUUACGGGAAUUUGUUUUGCAGGAUCUUUUUAAGUUUAAUCGGAUUGUCUUUGAUCCGCUAACCGAGGUUUAUCCGCUUUUAUAUUUCUACAAUAAAAUUUUGGAAUUUCCAUUAUUGGCGGAAGUUGCCGUUGCUCCCGAUGGACAAAUGAUGGGAUUUCUAAUUGGUAGUCGUCAAGUUGAUGGUGCUGAUAGAGUUGGUGAUGGAAAGGAUCUCGAUUUGAAUAAUAAUCAUGGUCAUGUGUGUACUUUAUCCAUUAAUCAUGACUAUCGUUGCUUGGGACUGGGCACACAUUUAAUGAAGCGAUUCAAUAACAGACUGGAACUAAAACAAGACUUGUUUGUUGAUCUUUUUGUGCGCAGUCGAAAUGUAAAUGCUAUUAGACUCUAUAAAUCGCUUGGCUAUGUGAUCUAUCAGAAGCUACCUUGUUUCUAUGGCGAUGAUGAUGGCUAUGAUAUGCGAUUGCCGUUGUCGCGAGAUGUGGAACGCAGAUGUCUGCAGAAUCAGGAAUAUCUAAUGGGGAUUUUAUUUCUGCUGCUGCGACUGCCGAGAAAGUAUCUUAUCAGUCUCUGGCAUGCUCUGCUUAAGCUUUUGACGAAAAAAUUGUUUUGACUUAAAUGUUUUUGUGAAUUCCGACAGUCUCAAUUUAAAUGAUCAAAAUCUUUUUGUUCUAUACUCGAAAUACAUUUGUUUUCUAUUUGAAAGAUGACUUGUCUACGAGAGAUGCACCUCGAGGAUUUGUUUAAGUUCAUUGCCUUGGUCUUUGAUCCGCUUACAGAAGUAUAUCGCCUUGGUUUCUUUAUGCGUCAUCUUGCCCAAUGGCCAGAACUGGCGGUGGCUGCCACAACGCCCGAUGACCACUUGGUGGGUUUCAUAUUUGGCAAGUGCGUGGACGGCUCAAAGGAUGACACUUUGCUGCACGGACACGUUUGUUCCUUGACUGUUUGCUCGUAUUAUCGCCGUCUUGGUAUUGCUUCGAUACUCAUGAACUAUUUUGCAUGGAUUUUGGAUCUAAGGAGUGCCUGAUGCGACGUAUUCUACUCGAAUAUUAUCCUGGUGAUCCGGAAGAAGAUGCCUACGACAUGAGAAAACCGCUGUCGAUUGAUGUAAAACAAUUAUCCUUGGCCUUGGCCAGCAGGCAUCCUGUACGCCUGCCCUUGGAUGAGGAUAGCGAUGACGAAUAUUAGGGAGUGCUUGUUGGUGGCAAGGCAUAUUAUUUACUCAAAUCUUUCCUGGCAUUCAUUUUCAAUUUGUUCAACUAAUUAAGCAAAAAAAAAGAAAAGCUCAAUUGCGCAAAAUUUCAACGGCAGCCAAAUUUCCGCUGACGCACAAAACUAAACUACAAAUCUUAUGGUCUAGCUAUAUAGAUAUAGAAACAUGGAUACAACUAUAGCUGCUAAGAAAAAGACACGUACUUGCGCCUUAACGCAGUUUUUUAUGCCAGACAAAUUUAAUUGAAAAUACAA